AUGGGCCGUCACAAUGAUAAGGCGUUGGAAAUGGCCGUGGUGCAGGGUGAGAUGCGCUGUGCCCACACUCGCUGGUCCUGCUUGCGCACGCAACCCUUCUUGCGCCUGUGGGAAGACGUGGGCUAUGAUGGAUGGUAUGCUGCCCAGCCGCUGGAGACCUGGCGACGGUGGGGAGGCCAACCGCGACAAAGUCCGAGGCUAACACGGAGGAUCCAGGAAGCCAACUUUUCAACCUGA